UCUCCUCCCAGAGCUGGGAGCAGCACAGCACAGACAUGAAGGCUGAGGGUCUGCUUCGGAGCCUGCUGUGUGUAUGCACGGUGCUGGAACAAGCCAGGAGGGUGUAUGGUGUCAAACAUGCGGUGCACUGGAACAACUCCAACCCCAGGUUCCUAAAGGACGACUAUACAGUGACAGCGGAGAUGAACGAUUACCUAGAUAUAUACUGCCCACAUUAUGACUCCCGGCACCCAGUGGAGCUCACGGAGUCCUUUGUCCUUUACAUGGUGAAUCGGGAAGGGUAUGAAGGAUGUUACGAGACCCAAGGAGCCUUUAAACGCUGGGAGUGUAACCGGCCAUACGCUCCUUUUGGGCCCAUAAAGUUCUCUGAGAAGAUCCAGAAGUUUACUCCGUUUUCCCUGGGGUUUGAGUUCCGACCUGGCCAAGAAUAUUAUUAUAUCUCUAUACCAAAUGCAGAUAGUGUCGGUGAAUGCCUAAAACUGCGUUUAUCAGUCUGCUGCCGACCUACCACAGUGAAACCUGUAACCGAAGUGCCAAAAUCUCAGCCUCGAGGAGGGGCACCUGGCCCUGGAGGUGGGGACCGGACAGGGGGAGAUCCCAGGAAACCCCCUGGAAGUUCCUCCUAUACAAUUCAUGUCUCAUCACUCCUGCUAACGCUCUGCCUCGUCCUUCUCCUCUGGCCAUGACACGUUCUGCUCUGCAACGCUUGCCUCUGAAUUAUUCUGUCUGUUGCACAUACUUUGUUAUUAUUAUUUUUUUAAUCUAAAAGGAUUUUUUUUUUUUCCCCAUAGCAAUUUUUUAAAAUAUAUAUAUUUUUAAGAGGUGGAGAAUAUAAUAAACUUUGUAGCACUUUAUCUGGCCGAAGAAAGCACAGAAUUAUGGGUAAUUGUUCCUUGAGAGACCCAUUACUGCAUAUUAAAACACAGAUUUGGCACCGGGCUGCCCACUUUGGUUCUCUGCCAUGAUGCGGACUUCCAGAACGUGUUUGUUGGAUUAUAACUCUAUUUGUUGUAUGGCUCUGUUGUAUGGAGCUCUGGAGAUCCUUGCUCAUGGCUUUCUGGACUGGAACAGACCCACAGCCAUUAUAAAUAAUCCCUGGCCUCCCUCCAUUGCCAUCCAAAUUCCUUGUACACCAGGAACAGAGUCCAACUUGCGUGAUAUUCAGACACAGGAGAUUUGCACAGAGUUGGAGGCCGAGUAUUGUGUUGUUGAAUCGAUGCAUAGAAGGCAGUUUGCACAGAGACACGGAUUGUCUUCCACUAACGCUAACCAAAGAUGUGGACUUCCUUUUUAUUUUUCAACAAACUUUCCAUUCCAGUCUGAGAUUUGACCUUUCUAGAUGUUAUUGCAACUCCUUGCACUGCCUGCUGCUAGAUGUGGUGGCAGAAGUGGGAUCCGCACAGUGUCAACAGUUUGUGGAGAUUGGACACUAGUCUUUUACAUCCUACAAGGGGAAAGGACAUGUUUUGUCUGCAUUCAUUCAAAGUCGAGGAUAUCACAUGCUUUAGAGACAUGGGGAGAUAUGGCACACCUUGACUAUGCCAUCAUUGUUUUUCAUUAAUCUAUUUUCAUUUCGCAUAAUCACUAGCUUUGUGAACUCACACGCCCAUCAUUAUUUCAGACAAGCUAUUUCGUCCAUCUCUUCUGCUUACUAGAAGUGUGUACUUCCUAUGAGAUUCUGCGGGCGAUGCUUUCCUCCCAUUUGUGAGCGGAAUGUUUGGUGUACAAUCAUUAUUUUAGCCACGGAGGGUCACUGGAAACAUGGCCUUCCCCUCACUUUGCCCACUGGCAGCUGUACAGAAUAGGGCCUCAUAUUGUUGCCUUGAUGUGAUGAAAGUGCCGGGUUUCUUCUUCCAGAAGAACUGCGUUCUAUCUUCUAUGAAGAUGCCGUGUUGCAGUAUUCAUUGUGUUUACAGACUUUUUUUUUUUUUAUGAAUUAUAUAAAGAUAUUUUUUGUUAGAAACUGAGCCAAAAAUAAAAUAUUGUUUUGCUGGAAA